CUCCGCGACGGACGUGCCCCGUUUUCUUUUUACCGCGUUUUUCGUUUCCCUUUCGUUCUUUCCGUUUAUGAUUUGAGCCAAAAUGUCGAAGGGCGAUAGUGAACAGCAGAACGGGUCGGGCGAGGAGUCCAAGACCAACCUGAUCAUCAACUACCUGCCGCAGAGCAUGACACAGGAGGAGAUCCGCAGCCUGUUCUCGAGCAUCGGCGAGGUGGAGUCCUGCAAACUGAUACGCAAUAAGGGCGCCGCCUUCCCCGAUGCGCUCAACCACGCGUUGCACGGCGGCGGACAAAGCCUCGGCUACGCCUUCGUUAACUACCACCGGCCCGAGGAUGCUGAGAAGGCUAUCAACACGCUGAAUGGGCUGCGGCUGCAGAACAAAACCAUAAAGGUGUCCUACGCCCGCCCGAGCAGCGAGGCCAUCAAGGGCGCCAACCUGUACGUGUCCGGCCUGCCCAAGACGAUGACGCAGUCGGAGCUGGAGCGGCUGUUCAGCCCUUACGGACGCAUCAUCACGUCGAGGAUCCUGUGCGAAAACUCCGGCGGGCGGCCCUUCACCGGUGGCGAGCAAGGCCUCUCCAAAGGCGUUGGCUUCAUCCGCUUCGACCAGCGUGUAGAGGCAGAGCGCGCCAUCCAGGAGCUAAACGGGACGGUGCCGAAGGGCGCUUCGGAGCCGAUUACCGUCAAGUUCGCCAACAACCCCAGUAAUAACGGUAAGGCAUUGGCGCCAUUAGCCGCGUACCUGCCGGCCGCCCUGCGCUUCCCUGCGCCACUCGGUCGCUUCAGCUCGGGCAAGUCCCUGCUUGCCAUCAACAAGGGCCUCCAGCGCUACAGUCCGCUGGCCGGCGAGCUGUUGGGCGGAGUGUUGCCCGGCGCCGUCGGCUCCGAGUGGUGCAUCUUUGUCUACAACCUGGCACCCGAGACCGAGGAGAACGUGCUCUGGCAGCUGUUUGGCCCGUUCGGCGCCGUGCAGAGCGUGAAGGUUAUUCGCGACUUGCAGACCAACAAGUGCAAGGGCUACGGCUUCAUCACCAUGACCAACUACGACGAGGCGGUCGUCGCGAUACAGUCGCUCAACGGGUACACGCUCGGCAACAGAGUGCUGCAGGUCAGCUUCAAGACCAACAAGAUAAAGACGAUCUAAGCGGUCGUCCGCUCUCGGCCUAGCCGGGCGCUAGGACGGCACGGCAGGCGCGCACCCAUACACCCGCAUCACCCGCCGGGACCCCCUGCCCCGGACGACGCCCGGGACCCCGUUAACAUAAGUAUUGAGUAGAUAAUGUAUCGAGUAGAUGUAACAGGCCCUUUGUCCAGCGCCACCGCCCCGCUGCCCCUCCGCCCCGCCGCCGCGCGCGCGAAUUGGGUUAAGUGUUUCAGGAAAUCAAAAUGGCGGAAUGGAGCGGCGCCGCGCGCAUCCGGCAACAUGGCGGACGUUGAAUGAAGGGCCGCGGCCUGCGAUGUGGCCGAUGUGGACGUGCGCAGGUACCAGAUGCGAGGCAUCGGAGGGCGCCGCGCCGCUCGCCGGGACCACGGCGCCCGACACGCUCGGCAACUCGUCAGCUCGGCAUACGUCGUCAAUACAUGACAAUCGACUUCGCUUAUGAAAGGUUGUGGUUAACGAGAAAAUAGGUUUUUGGAUAUUAAGAAAUAAUAAUUAGCAAUAAUAGCCGUAAAGCUAUCCAUUUAGACGUUCAUAUCGCAAUGUCGGCCGCGACCGGCGCCGCCGACCGCACUCCGCCGAAAGCACUCCGCCGAACUAAAAUACUGUUAUAUUGUUAAAGAUUCGAAGAAUAUAUAUUAUCUAUACGUAUAUUUUAAUCAUAUAUUAACUAAUUAAGGAUGAAAACUAAUCAAAAACUGUGAUAGGUUUUGAUAAAAUUUUAAAAUAAAAACGAACGAAACGAGGUGCGACGUGAGUCGUAGCGCAGGCCUUCUACGUCUCGUCUACGUAGGCUACGACGGCCACGGCGGCUACGCAGCCACGGCCACGGCCACGGGGCUAGGUUAGGUUUUGAGAUACGUUUUAAAGCGAGCUAGCACGAGGGACGGAUUACGAUCUAGGGAUUCAGCACACAAAGCGGAGGGAGAUGGGGAAAAUCGAUUCAGCUGUUCCGGGCACCCGGGAGGGGGUAG